CGCGGGCUCAUUUACAUGUGGCCGCAGCCCCGCCUGGGGCAGCUAAAGCGACGUGUCCUUGUCCCCCGUGGGCAGCUCUGCUCCAAAGGCCGCCCCCCCCAGAGCCUUCACCCCCUGGGAUAACCAGUCUGGAACCAUGAAGACCAAGGCCCGGCCCCCCAGGCGCCGGGUGGCUGCGCAGAGCACAGAGGCCACCCCAGGGGAUCAGACCCCCGACAGGGCCCAGCCGGACUCCGGGGCCCAGCUGGCCAGGGGCCUGCGGAGCAGGACAGCGCAGAAGCAGGGGGCCCGGGCCGAGGGCGGGCGCAGGCGGCAGGGGCUCCCGGGGGCGGCCGGCCGGCGGGAGAGCAGCGUCCAGCGGCGGCUGGAGAGCAACGAGCGGGAGCGGCAGCGCAUGCACACGCUGAACAACGCCUUCCAGGCGCUUCGCGAGGUCAUCCCCCACGUGCGCACCGACAAGAAGCUCUCCAAGAUCGAGACCCUCACGCUGGCCAAGAACUACAUCAAGUCGCUGACGGCCACCAUCCUGACCAUGUCCAGCGGUCGCUUCCCGGGCCUGGACGGGCCGGGCCCUAAGCUCUACCAGCACUACCAGCAGCAGCAGCAGCAGCAGCAGCAGCAGGCGGCCGGGGGGGCGCUGGCUGCCAUGGAGUCCCAGCCCGAGGGCCACCUGCAGAAGUACUCCACGCAGAUCCACAGCUUCCGAGAGGGCUCCUAGUGCUGGGCCCUGGUCCCACCGAGAGCCCCAGGCUGCUGGUGACCCCCACGUGGACAUGGCCCCAGCGGCUGCAUCUUCCUUGAACACUCACUCGGCUGCCUUUCAGGAACACGUCCUGGCCCCCCAGGGCACAGGACCUGGCCGAGGUGUGGCCCGAAUGUUUGUGUGGGGGCCCCAGGACUGGUUUCCUUUCACUUCCGUAGGCAGGAGCCCACAGGCCUUGGUAACUAGAAUCUCUUCUCUCCUGAGUUCCCCCGGAAGCGAGGAGAUCCCAGGAAAAGGUGUCCUCGGUAAGUCUCCCCAGUUAUGCCUGAGGCCCAGGCUCAGAAAGGAACCCCCCCACCUCCAACCUGCAUCCAACCCCCUCAUUCAGGCUGAACUGAGGCACAGAGCAACACUCCUGGCCACUCGGAGAGUGUGGCUGAACCCAGGUGGGGGAGUGUCUGCUUAGCCAUCCACCUGUCCAGCAGAAACCCUCAUCAGACAGGCUCACAUUUAAUCCUGGAGGGACCUUCGGAGAUCCUGGAGGGGCUGCGAUAUUAUCCUGCUGCCUCCUGUGCUGGUCUCCUGGUUGUGGAGGGACUGAGCCAGGUCAGGGGGUCUGUGGCCUGGUGCUGAGGGGGCUGGAGACAGGACAGGGAAAGAGGGACUGGGACUCUCAGGCCCAGCCCUUUGGGCAACCGUCCAUCCCCAGGCCUGCCCCUGCUUCCCACCCAGAUUUGCUGCUCAUUGUCACUAAGUGGGUGGUCUGGAAGGAGUUUCAGGUGCUCCUGGGUCCUGGCUGGGGGUGGGGGCCCUGCGGGGCUCUCUGCCGGGAGAAGUCUGGGGUGGCAAAGCCCCCUCCCCCACGUGGUGCGCUCCGCAGAAGCAGGGCUGGUGUCUUGGCAGGGCCUCCGCGGGCCUGGGCCAAGCUUCCUUCUGCGCUGUUCCUGCCCCGCUGGCUUCGACAGGCUUGGCGACUUUGCUCCUAACUGGCUGGCAUCUCCCCUCCCUUGUCCUUCCGCCCCACCGCCAAUAUGGGGAGGGGACAGAGCCCUUGGCAGCCUCAGGCAGGAGCCAUGGUGACUGAGGAGAGAGUCAGCCUGGCACAUGGGGGCCGGGUCCCCUGCGCCCGGAGCUGUGCCACAGGUCUUCCCAGGCCAUUGUGGGUGGGGGCUGGGCUGGGCCUCAGGUAAGGCCAUCACAGCCGAGGGCUCGGCCCUGAUGCAUGGCCUUGCCUGGUUGUCCUGGCCCUGCCGUUGAAUGUGUUUCCAGGCUGUGCGUCAGCCCUGGCAGCUUCAAGGGCAAGCAGGUGGCACCUCUCGGAACAGCCAUUUGCCACUUCGGUUCUAACUUACCUGGUCAGAUGCUGGCCGGGCCCUUCCAGGCCCCCUGGGCAGGUGGCCCAGGGACACCUGUCCUUCAUCCCACAUCAGGUUGGGGUCCCAGGUACCCCUGGCUACUCCGGAAGGUCAGAGCAGUGACGAAUGCCGAGCUCGAGGACCGGCGGGGUCCAGGCUCCCCUGCGGGGGGGGGGGACUGCUGGCUGAACACACAACGGGGAGACCCGAGAACCUGGUCGCCCUUGCCUGUGGCUGAGCCGAGGCCAGAGCAGUGCUCAGCGCGCCCCUGGACUUGCUGAAUGCACCAGCAUGCUGAGCCGACCACACAGGGAGGGGGCCCCAGCAGAGGCUGUCUGUCCAGGAGACCGUGCCUGGUGACGGGGGCAGCAGGACGACGUGGGUCUCCACCUAGUAGGUGACAGCCCCGAGGGUGCUCACUCUCCCUGUCCCAAACUUGCACCGGCACCCCCUCUGUCUCCCAGAGGCCCAGCCCUUCUUCACUGCAACCUGGAGGACAUCUGUGUGCCCUGUGGCCACAUCACCGAGGACCUUCAAGGUCUCAGUCUUGUUUUUGGGGUGUUCAGUAUGGGGGUAGAGAGGGAACAGGUCUGGUGACGGGCAGGUGACACCCGCUGCUGCAGUCUGCUCCCUCAGCCUUCCUCUUGGACCCUAAGCCCAGCCGGACUCCUCUGUCCCCUGAGGAGUCCUAACCUCAGAGGCCCUCACGCACCAGCCUUGGUCACCUGUCCCCCCCGCCCCCCGCCAGCCCGAGCCUUGGCCCUGCCUGCACAUCGGACCUCAGAACGAGCGAGAUAGCUCCCGCUGAGCAGAGAAACCAGAACUGUGACUUUUCUGUCUGAGAACCCCCGGGACUGAAUGGCUGGUGCCCCAGCUGUAAUGGUGGUGAAAAUGUUGCUUAAAUGACCCAGAUUUGCUUUUCAUUUUUCCUAAUGGCUCCUUCAAAGCACUCGUGAAAUUGACGCUGUCAUAAAACAAAAAUAAAGGAUUUCACGGCGAUCUCCAUGUCUGCCCCGUGUGUGCCGGCAGGG